AUGUUUUUGAGAGCGUUUGGAAAGCAGCAAUUGAGAUCGAUGUCGAAACUAACGUCAGUUCGCACCCCACUUGCGCCCCCACCGGCUGCGUCCUACUCGCAGGCUAUCAAGGUCAACAAUAUGAUCUUUGUCUCAGGUCAGAUCCCCUACACCAAGGACAACAAGCCAAUUGAAGGCACCAUUGGUGACAAGGCCGAACAGGUGAUCCAGAACGUCAAGAAUAUUUUAGAAGAGGCCAACUCGGGACUUAACCACAUUGUCAAAGUCAACAUCUUUUUGGCCGACAUCAAAGACUUUGGUGACUUUAACAAGGUCUACGCCAAGUACUUUAGUGAGCACAAACCUGCCAGAUCCUGUAUCGCUGCCAAGGCGCUUCCUCUGAAUGUCGAUCUGGAGAUGGAGGUUGUCGCUGUUGAAAAGGAGUAG